AUGGAGUUCAACCGUAUGUUCGACAUUGAAGGUCAAAACUCUGAUGCAGGCAGUUCAGAUGAUUGUUCCGGACAUUAUCUUGGUACUGACAACGAAUACGAUGACGUGGAGGGCUUUGAGCCCCGAGGUGGUCCCGAAGCAGGGGAAAAAAGUGUCGGGGAUGCUAACAAUUGCAGGGGGUCUAGCGGUGCAAAUGACGUGGCAGGCGGUGCCCCAAGCUGGCAAGUCUUGGUGGAUGACUUCUUGGGUAAAGAGUUUGCAACGGAGGAGGAUGCUUAUGCUGCGUACAAGGAGUUUGCCAAAUUUAGGGGUUUUGGAGUCCGAAAGGGAGAUGUAGCUCGGGUUAACGGGGUUUUGGUCAGAAGAGACUUUUUUUGCCAUCGACAAGGGACAAGACAUCCUAAGCAUUAUGACCGUCCUGAGCGAGUAAGGGAGGAGAGGCUUGAGAGCCAGAUGGAUUGUAAGGAAAAGUUGAAGAUUUACUAUGAUAUGCAACACAACGUGUGGAAGGGGCAAAGGGUUGCGCGAAUAUGCGAUUGUGAUGCAGCCAUUGUUAUUAAAAUUGGACCGGACCAGUCGUUUGGGAUCGCAACUUCGAAAAUAAUAGCUUACAUGGUUGGGCAGUCUGGUGGGUAUGGCAUGCUUCGAUUUACGAAAUGGGAUUUGUAUAAUUAUGUACAUGGGCAAAGGGUUGUGCGAAUAUGUGAUAGUGAUGCAGCCAUUGUUAUUAAAACCGGACUGGAUCGACCAACUGGUAAACCGGACCCUAUACUGGCAUUCGAUUCCACGUAUCAUUCUAACAAGUACAAGAAGCCGUCGGUGGUUUUCUCUGAUUCAAAUAACCACAAACAGACAUCCAUAUUCGGGUUUGCGCUACUGGAGGAUGAAGAGGUUCAAACUUACCGGUGGGUGUUGUUGAACCUGCUGGAUGUUAUGGGACAGAAGAAGCCCUAUGUAGUGGUGACGAAUGGGGACAAGGCAAUGCAUGCUGCAAUUGCGGAGGUGAUGCCAGCCGCAACAUAUAGACUGUGCGGUUGGCACCUAGAGAAGAAUUGCAUCCAAAGGGUGAAGGAUACGGAAUUUCGCAAGGUUUUUAAGAAAGCUCUAUAUGCAAAUUUUGAAAUCAGCGACUUUGAGGAGUAUUGGAAGACAUCGGUUGAUUCGCUUGGCCUACUUGAUAAUGGUUGGGUUCAUAGCACAUACGAAACUGGAGAAAGCUGGGCAAUGGCCUACCUGAGGGGGACCUUCUGUGCGGGUUACAUGACAGCUUCAAGAUGUGAAGGGAUAAAUGAUUUUAUUAAGGGUUUUCUUAAAUUAACUGAUAGCAUUUUAGAACUUGUACACAAUUUAGACCAGGUUGUAAAAGACUACCAGAAUAAUGAAGUAACAGCCCAAUUCUAUUUCACAUAUUAUACUCCGGUGCUAACGACCGGCCUUGAUUCGACCGAGCUAUUUGCAUCAAAGGUGUAUACACAAGCAGUUUUUAGAGAAGUAAAGAAACAGAUUAAGGGUGUGGCGAUGUUAUUGUUUCGGGGCAGGGACAGCAUUAGCACUACUAGUGUAUACCAAUUCUCAAAAAUGGGAAAACCUAACAAAACACACAAGGUGUUGUAUGAUCCAAACGAGAAAAAGAUUGAGUGUGAGUGUUCAAUGUGGAACAGUGAUGGAAUUUUCUGUAGUCAUAUCUUUUGUGUGAUGAAGUACGAGGGAUUGGAACAAAUCCUGGAGGGUCUUAUUCUGAGCAGGUGGUGCAAGGAUCCAAAGGAUUGGAGGUCGAAUCCCCCCCAAGUCACAGAUGACCAUCAAGGACACUUGCUUCGAUAUGGUCCCCUUAGUGGGUUAAUGAGUUUGGUUGCCAAACUUGGUGCCGAAGAUGCCGGCGGAGUUUGUUGUGGCUAG